AUUUUUAAAUAAAAUAAAAUAUGGGUGAUGAAGUUGUUCUUUUGGAUACUUUUGUGAGUGUUUUUGGGAUGAGGGUGAGGAUUGCCCUAGCUGAAAAAGGGAUCCAAUAUGAAUACAAAGAGGAGGAUUUGAUGAACAAAAGUCAUUUACUCUUACAAAUGAAUCCAAUUCACAAGAAAAUCCCAGUGUUGAUCCAUAAUGGAAAACCAAUUUGUGAGUCACUCAUAAUUGUUGAGUACAUAGAUGAAGUUUGGAAGGACAAAUCACCACCUUUGAUGCCUAGUGAUCCUUACAAGAGAGCUCAUGCUAGGUUUUGGGCUGAUUAUAUUGGAAAAAAGAUUUAUGAUGGUGGAAUGAAAAUUUGGAGCUCAAAAGUGGAAGAGCACAAAACAGCCAAUAAAGAAUUCAUAGAGUGUUUGAAGGUGUUGGAAGGUGAAUUGGGAGACAAGCCAUACUUUGAAGGGGAGAAUUUUGGACUUGUGGAUAUGGCUUUUAUUCCUUAUUAUAGUUGGUUUCCUGUUUAUAAAAAACUUAGCAACUUAAAUAUUGAAGCAGAGUGUCCUAAGUUUGUGGCAUGGGCCCAAAGGUGUAUGCAAAAGGAGAGUGUCUCUAAGUCUCUUGUUGAUCCUGACAAAGUAUAUGAGUUUAUUGUCUUGUUUAGACAGAAGAUUGGUGUUGCCUAAAAGACGGAUCUAGAGCGGGUUCUGCGAGACAUGUUAUGUGUGUAUGCAUGAAAUGAGAUUACGCUCAUUCUGAAUUCAGUUAAUUCACUAUAUCUAUUGUAUAAUGAAUAAUGAAGUAAUAAUAAUGGAGGUUUUGUUUUCCAUACUAAAUGAUUUCUCCUUUAUGGCUCUUUUUUUCUUCAUUUAUUAGAACAUGACAUUAUUUUGAGUA